CUGAGUUGCUGUUGGCUGCUGAAGAAGAAAGGAGCUGCUUAAAUGAACCCAAGGCAGCUGAGUGACAAUGGAGUGAAGCUAGUUACCGGUGAUGCCAGUGAGCCGACAGCAUCAUGAGCAAUGCACCGCACUAGAGGACCUCAUUCAAAGUAUUAGAAGAAACUCAUCAGUGACACUCUGGAAAUGUAUUCUCGACCGUGGAGGAAGCAGCAGGAGCACCUGGACGAGUUCAGGUCUCUGCUGCGCGAACAGUGCAAUGGCUCAGAAGAUGCCAUCGUCACCAAAGCCAACUCUCCUGAGAACACGCGCUUGACCUUGAAACGCGUGGUGUCGCGCUCCUUCUUCAACAUCCUCCCAUGGACAAAUCCAUUUUCCAAAAAAACGUGGGACACGUGUUCUGUUGUGGGAAAUGGAGGAAUCCUCUUUGACAGUCACUGUGGGAAGGAGAUCGAUUCAGCUGACUUUGUCAUCAGGUGUAACUUGCCUCCCUUGAAUGGCAACUUCAAGACACACGUGGGCAACAAGUCCAGCCUUGUCACUGCAAACCCAAGCAUUUUCAAAGAACUAAGUAAACUCGGAAACUACUCACAGAGACUGGCAGAGAGGAUAAAGACCUUCGGAGAUGCUAUAAUUGCGUUUCCCGAUCAAACUCAUUUGGUCUUCAAAAGCAUCAACAUCCUCCGAGCUUUAAAGAGCCCGUCUCGCCCUGUAUUUCUGCACCCAAAAUACCUGAGUAAGCUGACCGACUUUUGGCGCUCCAGAGGUGUGAAGGCUGCUCGACUCAGCAGUGGUUUUUUCAUGGUGAGCAUGGCGCUGGAGCUCUGCAGGAACGUCCACGUGUAUGGAUUCUGGCCCCUCAGUGUCGACCCGUUCGGACUCUACUACCUGUCGCAUCACUACUACGACAACAGAAUGCCGAAAAGAGUCCAUAAAAUGUCUGCAGAGUUUCAGAGCCUGUUGCAGCUCCACGUUCAGGGUGUGAUCAGGCUUCACCUGGGGUCUUGUGAAAAGCCUUCAUCCUGACGCUGACGCCAUGAUGCUCCCAGGAGUGAGAAACAUCUCAUUCAAGAAGACAAUGACACGAGUGACUGAAUUAUUAGUUUGCCUUUUAUUUUGAAGUCAUAUGCGUCCAUGAUAGGGCCAGUAGAUCCUAUUAGGGGUCGGCAAGAAUAUAUACCAUCGACAAUAUAGUUAAAGAUAGAUAGAUAAAGUCACAAGUCUCUGUAUUUUGUGAUGUCAUCACCUAUUAAAUCAAAAGUCAGGCAUUCAAGAAGCACAGCAGUAUUGACUUUGUUUUUGUUUUUUAGAGGACUAUAUUUUUUGCGCUACUUUUCUUCUUUGGGCUCCACUUUUGCCCAACAUUUUGGUUUCUUGCUGAAUGUUUAUUGGCUUGUAUUCACAUUUCACUGCACAUGAGCACUGAACACUUGAACACAUUCAAUGGAGAGUAAAGUGUGUGCCCAAUGGACGUGUCCAGAACUUCUUCCCUUUUUUCUUUGUAGACUACUCUGACUCCAGGGAUGUGCUCUGAGAGAGUCCAUUUUCCCCAAAGAGAACAUGUGAUAAACAAAAAAAAAGACUAGGUCGGAAUUAGCUAAACCACAGGAUGGCGCUCCAUUUAUCCCACAUGAAACCGUUUCACUCGCUGUUUAAAGCCUUUCAAAUAUGGGGCUAGACCAGGGACACCUUACAAUGGCCUUGAAAAAAAAGAAUAUUGUCUGAAAAAAUAAAGAUGUAAUAUAUUAUAUUCUUACAAAAAGGUCCAGCUAAUAUUCUGUUUUUUAAUUCCUAUAU